GGAAGCCAGCGCCCAAAUUCUGCUGUGCAUGUCUUUCCCUUGGUGUAUUUUAGAUACUUUAUUUUUUCAAUUGAUGUACUGAUUGCCAAAAUGUUCUUGUAAAAAUAAUCUAAUAGGAUGUUUCAACUUAUAUGUUGAGAUUUGCAAGCACGAUUCUCUCUGCUGUGGUGGAAACGACAAAGCUCUUGAAAUUUACAAUCAUCCAUACUAAUUUCCGUGUUAGAAACUUCCAUAUCCAAGAGAGUGGCACAUGGAAACGGAGACUUGGAUUCGCCAAAGCUUUCAGAUAAUAGUCAUGAAAAUAACGCAUGCAAAUUUCAAUGGAUCUAAAAAGGAGCAAGCCGUCUAUUCAUUGUUCCUAAAAGAGAAACUCCCAGAAGAGAAACAGUAAGAAAUGGCUGAUUCUCCAGUAAGCAUGUCACAGGGUCUGUUGACAUUCAUGGAUGUAGCUGUGUACUUCCCCCAGGAGGAGUGGGAAUGCCUGGACUCUGCUCAGAGGGCUUUGUGCAUUGAUGUGAUGCUGGAGAAUUACAAUAACCUUGUCUUUGUGGAGAACUAUUGCAAAUGUGAUCCUGUCCAACACCAUGUGAAGACUGAAAAGGAGUCUUGUCAGUGUAAUGAGCUUGGCAAAGUGCUUCAUGACCCCUCCACAUGUGCACUUUAUAGAACAAGUGAAACUACAGAAAACUCCAAUAACUACACAUGCAGUAAUCCCAGGGAUGCCUUUGUUGACUCAUCAAACCCAGACAGACGUGAAAGCAUGCACACUGGAGAAGAACCUUGCCGAUCUAAAGACUGUGAGAAAUCUUUAAAUUUGUGUUCCAACAUUACUCUAGAUCAGAGAGUCUACACUACAAAGAAAGAAUACAGGCAGGAAGAAUAUGAUGACUAUUUCAGCUAUGCAUACACUUUUUUUCAACAACCAAUCUGCAUUGCAGAGAAACCACAUCAAUGUGGGAAAUGUGGGAAAUACUUCAGAACCACCUCAAGCCUCACCGAACACGAGAGAAUUCAUGUUGGAGUUAAACCUUACAAGUGCAACGUUUGUGAAAAAUCCUUUACCCAACGUUCAAGUCUUAAAACACAUCAAAGACUUCAUACUGGAGAGAAACCUUACAAAUGCAAAGAUUGUGACAAAUCCUUUGCCCGCUAUUCCAAUUUCAGGAGACAUCAGAAACUGCACACUGCUGGGAGAUAUUAUAAUUGUCAAGAAUGUGGCAAGGUCUUUCAUAAGCUUUCACAAUUUGAAAUCCAUUACCGACUCCAUACUGGAGAGAAGCCUUACAAGUGCAAUGAGUGUGACAGAGCCUUUCCCCACUAUACCUCAUUGAGAAAGCACCAGAGAACUCAUUCUCUAGAGAAGUUACACAAGUGCAAAGAAUGUGGUAAGUCCUUUCUUGAGGUAUCUCUUCUUAACAGGCAUUACAGAAUCCAUACUGGUGAAAAGCCUUACAAAUGUGAGGUAUGUGACAAAUCCUUUACCUGGAACUCAUACCUUUCGAGACAUCUGAAAAUUCAUACUGGGGAGAAACCUCACAAAUGUAAGGAAUGUGGCAAAUCCUUUACCGAACACACAUAUCUUAGGAGACAUCAGAGAGUUCACACUGGAGAGAAACUUUACAGAUGUAAAGAAUGUGAGAAGUCUUUUACUAGCUCUUCAUAUCUUAGAUCACAUCAGAAAAUUCAUACUGGAGAGAAACUUCCUAAAUGCAAAGACUGUGACGUGUCCUUUAUUCAUAUGGCAAAUCUUAGAAAACAUCAGAGAGUUCAUACUGGGAAGAGACCUUACAGUUGUAUGGAAUGUGACAAAUCCUUUUCCUGGGAGUCACAACUUAGAAUGCAUCAGAGUGUUCAUACUGGAGAGAGACCUUACAGUUGUGAGGAAUGUGGCAAAUCUUUUGCCCAUUCUUAUGGUUUAAGGAAACAUCGGAAAAUUCAUACUGGAGAGAAACUUCAUAAAUGCAAAUACUGUGACGUAUCCUUUAUUCACAUUGAAAGUCUUAAAAUACAUCAGAGAGUUCAUACUGGAGAGAGACCUUACAGAUGUCAGGAAUGUAACAAAUCCUUCACAACUUGCUCACAUCUUAGAAGACAUCAGAGAGUUCACACAGGAGAGAGACCUCACAGUUGUAAGGAAUGUGACAAAUCGUUUACUAGGUGUGAACAUCUUAGAAUACAUCAGACAAUUCAUACUGGAGAAAAACCUUACAAAUGUAAAGACUGUGAUAUGUCUUUUAGUGAAUACUCACUACUUAGAACACAUCAGAGCAUUCAUGCCGGAGAGAGACCUUACAGUUGUCAGGAAUGUGACAAAUCUUUUACCACUUGCUCACAUCUUAGAAGACAUCAGAGAGUUCACACAGGAGAGAGACCUCACAGUUGUAAGGAAUGUGACAGAUCUUUUACCAGGUAUGAUCAUCUUAGAAUACAUCAGAAAAUUCAUACUGGAGAAAAACCUUACAAAUGUAAAGACUGUGAUAUGUCCUUUAGUGAAUACUCACUACUUAGAACACAUCAGAGCAUUCAUGCUGGAAAGAGACCUUACAGUUGUCAGGAAUGUGACAAAUCUUUUACCACUUGCUCACAUUUUAGAAGACAUCAGAGAGUUCAUACUGGAGAGAGACCUCACAGUUGUACGGAAUGUGACAAAUCUUUUACCAGGUAUGAACAUCUUAGGACACAUCAGAAAAUUCAUACUGGAGAAAAACCUUAAAAACUUGAAAGCUGACAUAUUCUAUAUCCAUAUUACAAGUCUUAGGAGACAUUAGAAAAUUCAUACUAGAGAGAAAAUCACCAUUGUAAAUAAUGUGAUAUACCAUUUUCUGAUAUUCUCUGCUUACAAAUCAUAACAGUAUAUAUAAUAAAAACAUAAAAUAAGAAACUUAUGAACACCUUUAAUGAGGUCUAAAUCUUAGAAAAUAUCAGAGUUUAUGCCAAAAUAAAACACUCCAAAUGUUACUGUGGUAAAA